GAUGAUGUGUAUAGCAUGUGCGUUGCACUAAUACUGCUCCACAAAUAUUCACAGGAACGCCAAGAAAAGGCUUUGGGCAUUCUCACCUACCUAGGGCAGAGUGCAUCCGAAGCCCAGACCAGCCGUCCGUGGUACCAGGAGGUUCCCAGCCGCAGUAAAAAGGAGGUGGAUAAUGACUCAAAGGAUGAUAAAUGGAAAAGGAAGCUGGAUCCGAUUCAUGACAUGGAGAAAUAUCUCCAAAAGAAGCACAAAGUACAGAAAGAACACAAAAAAGAGAAAAGGAAGGAGAGCAAAGGAACCCACAAGCCGGCGAUAGAACAGCUGAGACACGAGCGCCUUAAGCGGGAGGCUGCAGAGAGGGCGAGGGCUGAGGCUUUACUGUCUGGGAAGAAGGAUGUGCCGGCGCCAGAAAUGGACGAUAGGAAACGCCAGUACAAUUCCCAGUUCUUCCCCCAACUGGCACGGAAACCCAAACCGAGAGACGAACAGAACCGGUGAAACCCCACAGAGAAAGCACCGCUUGCCUAGAGUAUUCAGAGAUCAGGCAGAUGUUACGCCUUCAGGGGCCGGACUAAUACCUUGUAAUAUAGUUUUUAAUGAAGUACGUUAUUGAACCCACAUUAAUAAAACGUUAAAGUGU